AAUUUUCAGAUAUUAUAAAAAAAUAUGUACACCUCAUCGUAAAAUUUGGAGGUAUCCGUCUGUCUCUUCCACAAAACUAGGCUAACGUGGAUCGAUUGUAAUCCAAAUCCACGAAACACAGCUCUCUCUCUUCUCUCCUCUCCUCAUCACGACCACAUUUCACUCUUUCUCUCUCUAAACUCAUCCUGCCUCUUGAACUUCGUCUUACGCCUGCCGUCUUCUCGCUCUAAAUUUAUUUACAUGAGAUAUCCUCCCCCUCUCUCUCUCUACACCAUCAAAUAUCCGAUUGCACCUUCCUCUCUCUCCUCUCUGCUCCUGUCUCCAUUCUCUCUCUAACUUUGGAUUUUCCCAUACUCACCAUUGCACCUGUCCUUAUUUUCUCUCACCAAUUGUACCUGUCCUCAUUCUCUCUCUAGAAACUAAAGCCAUCUUUCUUCUCUCUCUAGAUUCAUCAUCAUCUUGAUGACAUCUGCUUGACAGACGGUGGAGUCUUGCGGUAAAUCCUCCUCUUUCUCUCUCUAAUUUCAACCAUGGCUUCUCUCUUGUCAAGGUUCAGGGCAGCCCAUCAUCUCAUCAGGAGGCUCUCUGAAAGGCGUGCAGUUCCUCUGAAUCUAAACCAGAACCCCACCUCCAAUCUCUUACCUCUCUCUUCAUCUCCUGUCCCUGCAACUUUUAAUGGAGUUUGGAAUCAAAAUUCUCAUUCCAUGUCCACUGAAACACAAGGUGGUCUCCAACAUCCUGACAUAUGUACAGAUCAGGUCUUGGAUUUUCCAGGAGGACCAGUUCUUCUCACAUCUGAAAUGAGCUUCAUAUCGGAAUCCGCAAGACAACGAACUAGUUGUUAUAGGGUUCUGGAUGAUGAUGGCCUGCCAGUAACUGAUAAAAGUUUCCAAGAGGUUGGAAAGGAACUUGCUUUGAACAUGUACAGUAAUAUGGUUACAUUACAAAUCAUGGAUACCAUAUUUUACGAAGCACAAAGGCAAGGCCGGAUAUCAUUCUAUCUUACUAGUAUUGGAGAGGAAGCUAUCAACAUUGCGUCAGCAGCAGCAUUAACAAUCCAUGAUGUCAUAUUUCCUCAGUACAGAGAACCAGGCAUUCUUCUGUGGCGCGGCUUCACUCUGCAAGAGUUUGCAAACCAGUGCUUUGGGAACAAGGAUGAUUAUGGGAAAGGGCGUCAGAUGCCCAUACACUAUGGGUCUAGAAGCCUUAAUUACUUCACCGUUUCAUCAACAAUUGCGACUCAAAUUCCUAAUGCCGUCGGUGCAGCAUAUUCUCUAAAGAUGGAUAAUAAACAAGCUUGCACAGUCACCUACUUUGGUGAUGGUGCCACUAGUGAGGGAGAUUUCCAUGGUGCCUUAAAUUUUGCAGCAGUGACAGAGGUCCCUGUUCUGUUUAUAUGUCGCAACAAUGGGUGGGCAAUCAGUACUCCAACUUCAGAACAGUUUCGAAGUGAUGGUGUUGUUGUUAAGGGUCCUGCUUAUGGAAUUCGAAGCAUAAGGGUGGAUGGGAACGAUGCUCUUGCUGUAUAUCAUGCUGUUAGUGUUGCACGUGAAAUGGCCAUCAAGGAAUCUAGACCCAUCUUAAUUGAGGCCCUUACAUAUAGAGUAAGCCAUCAUUCCACCUCAGAUGAUUCCACCAAGUAUCGCCCGGUGGAAGAAAUUGAGCAUUGGAGGACAGUGCGGGAUCCAACUUCCAGGUUUAGGAAGUGGCUUGAUCGAAAUGGCUGGUGGACCGACAAAGAGGAAUCAGAACUCCGAAGUGAAGUGAGGAAGAAGGUGUUACAUGCCAUUCAAGCUGCAGAAAGACAGGAGAAGCCUUCAGUUGCAGACUUAUUUACCGAUGUUUAUGAUUCUCUUCCCAACCACCUUGUUGAGCAAGAAAAAUAUAUCCGAGAAACUGUUGCAAAGCAUCCAAAAGAUUACCCCCUCGACGUGCCUCUUUAGAUCAUUGAUAUGGUUAGUUAGGAAUAAAAAAAUAAAUCCAUCAUGUUGAUAAUGUAUCAAUUUUAAUUGUACUGUAUUCAUCGGAGUGGUGGAUAAUCAUUUGAAAAAUUCAGAUCCAUCUCCUUUUGUCAAUUGAGACUGUACAAGCAAUAGUCUGUUAUCAAGUUAUUGUGUGACAAAAGGAAUUCCAGCAUGGUAUUCUUUAGAA